CGGGCGGUGCCUCGCCAAGAUGGCGGCGGCUGAGGCGGCGCGAGGGGCAAUCAGGGCGGCCUCCAUGGCGGCGGUGCUCAGCGCCCGAUUCUGUCGCAAAACCGUCGGGCUCUUCAGCCCGAGGAAGCAACCGCUCCAUCGGGCCGUUCAAAGAUCCCGUUUCCUUCACCCGGCAACACUACGGAACGCAGCGAGAUCCAUGUUCAUUCAAACCCAGGAUACCCCGAACCCCAACAGCGUGAAGUUCGUUCCCGGAAGGCCGGUGCUGGAGUCACGGACGAUGGAUUUCCCCACCCCGGCGACCGCCUUCCGCUCACCGCUGGCCAGGCACCUGUUCCGGAUCGAAGGGGUGAAGAGCGUCUUCUUGGGUCCAGAUUUCAUCACCGUCACUAAGGAGAACGAAGACGUGGACUGGAACUUGCUGAAACCCGACAUCUACGCCACCAUCAUGGAUUUCUUUGCCUCGGGCCUGCCGGUGGUGACGGAGGAAGCGCCCUCGGCGGAAGCCGCGGCGGAGGAAGAAGACGAAGUGGUAGCGAUGAUCAAAGAGUUACUGGAUACCAGAAUCAGGCCGACGGUGCAGGAGGACGGCGGCGACGUGAUCUACCGGGGCUUCGAGGACGGCGUCGUGCAGCUGAAGCUGCAGGGCUCCUGCACCAGCUGCCCCAGCUCCAUCGUCACCCUCAAGAGCGGAAUCCAGAACAUGCUGCAGUUCUACAUCCCCGAGGUCGAAGGGGUGGAACAGGUUGUGGAUGAUGAAGAUGAAGAAAAAGAAAUAAAAUCUCCUUGAACGCUCUGGAGCUUCCCGAGCCUACGUAUUCUGGUUUUCUUUUUAUUCUCUCUGUACUAGGCUUUUCCGGUUGGAUUCCGAAGGCUCAAUAAAACGGGCCGUUUUCUUCAGAGAACAGUAUUUAAAUUGAAUCUCACCCACAACAAGAGAGAAAAUGCCUUUAUUAAAAAAAACCCCUGGCAGUUCUGCUGAAAACUCUUCUUUUUUCCUUUUGUCAUAUAUUUGUGUUCAAAAAUCUCCCAGGGCAGCAUUAUCCGUACCGUCACUGGGUAAGCGGUGGAAUGAUUUUGAGUUUCUCGUCGUUAGCGUAAAUUAUUAAACGGUUGCCGGAACUGUG